AUGCCUGGAAUUGACUUGAUAGACCAUUCGCCACAGCAUCCGCAGCCCGCUGCCAAGAUCCCGACGGCCUCGAACGUUGUCCUCAUCGACAACUAUGACUCCUUCACGUGGAAUGUCUACCAGUAUUUGGUGCUCGAAGGUGCAGAGGUAACGGUAUACCGGAACGACCAAGUCACACUCGACAAUCUCGUGGCAGCAAAGCCAACACAACUGGUCAUCAGCCCUGGACCCGGACAUCCCGUGUCGGAUUCAGGAAUCAGCAAAGAUGCCAUCAAGCACUUUAGCGGCAAGAUCCCGGUCCUCGGAGUCUGUAUGGGUGAGCAGUGCAUCUAUUCGGUAUUUGGAGGCACAGUAGAGCAAACUGGUGAGAUCUUACAUGGCAAGACCUCGCCACUUCGCCACGAUGGAAAGGGCGUGUACGCUGGUGUCGAGCAAGACCUUCCUGUGACGAGAUAUCAUUCGCUUGCUGGUACACAUCCGACAUUGCCAGAGUGCCUCGAGGUAUCGUCCUGGAUCGCGACAGGGCCUGACGGUGGCAAGGGAGUGAUUAUGGGCGUCAGGCACAGGGAGCUCUUGGUCGAGGGUGUACAGUUUCACCCGGAGAGCAUUCUCACCAAGGAUGGUCGAACGAUGUUGAAGAACUUCCUUCAAAUGCAGGGUGGCACUUGGGCGGAGAACGAGCGACUACAGAAGCAAACUGCCAACACCAGCCCAACCGCUGUCCAGCCCCAGGCCAAUGGCGAUAAGAAGCCAUCGAUCCUUGAGCGAAUUUACGACGAUCGGAAGGUCAAAGUUGCUGCACAGAAGCAGAUCCCAUCGCAGAGACCUGCAGACCUGCAAGCAGCAUAUGACCUCAACCUAUCCCCUUCCAACAUCUCCUUCCCGGAAAGGCUGCGGAAGUCACCUUUCAAGCUGUCGCUCAUGGCUGAGAUCAAGCGGGCGUCACCUUCGAAGGGCAUCAUAUCACUCUCCGCAUGUGCACCUGCUCAAGCACGCACAUAUGCAUUGGCUGGCGCCAGUGUCAUAUCGGUCCUUACUGAGCCUGAGUGGUUCAAGGGCAGCAUUGAGGAUCUGCGAAGCGUGCGGCAAGCUCUCGAAGGCAUGCCAAACAGACCCGCUAUAUUGCGAAAGGAAUUUGUGUUUGAGGAGUAUCAAAUACUCGAAGCACGCUUAGCAGGAGCAGACACAGUCUUGCUCAUCGUGAAGAUGCUAGACACUGAAACUCUUACAAGGCUCUACAAGUACUCACAGUCACUUGGCAUGGAGCCACUGGUGGAGGUGAACACCGUGGAAGAGAUGGAGAUUGCAGUCAAGUUAGGAUCGCAAGUUAUCGGCGUCAACAACCGAAACCUGACCAGCUUUGAGGUCGACAUGGAGACUACGACUCGGUUGAUGGAGACUGUGCCCAAGGAGACGAUAAUUUGUGCUCUCAGCGGUAUCGCAGGCCCAAAGGAUGUCAUCCCGUACCAGCAGAACGGCGUCGGCGCUGUGUUGGUAGGUGAAGCACUUAUGCGCGCUAAGGACACUGCGAACUUCAUCUCCGAGCUUCUUGGUGGCGACUCAAAGGCAAUCAAUGCUAAGCCUCAACGCAAACUACUCGUCAAGAUUUGUGGCACGAGGAGUGCAGAAGCAGCUGAAGCUGCGAUCCAGGCUGGCGCUGAUCUCAUCGGCAUGAUACUUGUGAAGGGCCGCAAGCGAUGUGUCUCGACUGAGACUGCUCUCCAAAUCUCGCAAGUCGUGCACAAUAGCGAGAAGACUGCUACGCGAGUUACGGACGCCUCCACAGAAGCUGAGGGGAAAGCUAGCAGCUUCUUCGCACACCGAGCAGCACACCAUAUUCAGCACCCGAAGCGUGCUCUGCUCGUAGGAGUCUUUCUGGAUCAGCCUCUCGAAUACAUCCUCGAGCAGGUGAAAUUGCUGAAUCUCGAUCUUGUGCAACUUCACGGGUCAGAACCGCUCGAAUGGGCGUCGCUCAUCCCUGUACCGACCAUGAAGGCUUUCAAGCCUGGCCAUGCCGGCCUUGCCACUCGUGGCUUCCAUUCCAUGCCGUUGCUAGAUCCAGGUUCGGGUAGUGGCGAGAAGCUCGAUGUCUCAAGUGUCCAGAGCUUAUUGCAAGGCGACGAUGGUUUACGCGUGAUUCUGGCUGGUGGCCUGACUCCAGAUAUCGUGGCAAGCACUGUGGAGUCUUUGGGUGAAGUCAAGGCACAGUUAGCAGGCGUGGACGUCAGUAGCGGCGUUGAGGUGGAUGGAGAGCAAGAUCUCGCCAAGAUUCGAGCGUUUGUGCAAGCAGCGAAAGACGUAGAGCUGUAG